UUGCCUAACGCUGUGCUGAGGCCGCCUCCUUGGGACCCUGGGGCUGCGAUGAGCCCCUGCGGGCGGGCCCGGCGACACACGUCCAGAGGGGCCAUGGCAGUACUGGCGUGGAAGUUCCCGAGGACCCGGCUGCCGGUGGGAGCCAGUGCCCUUUGCGUCGUGGUCCUCUGUUGGCUCUACAUCUUCCCAGUCUACCGACUGCCCAACGAGAAGGAGAUCGUGCAAGGCGUGCUGCAACAGGGCACGGCGUGGAGAAGGAAUCAGACAGCGGCGAGAGUCUUCAGGAAACAGAUGGAAGACUGCUGUGACCCCGCCCAUCUCUUUGCCAUGACUAAAAUGAAUUCCCCCAUGGGGAAGAGCAUGUGGUAUGAUGGGGAGUUUUUAUACUCAUUCACCAUUGACAACUCAACUUAUUCUCUCUUCCCCCAGGCAACCCCAUUCCAGCUGCCCUUGAAGAAAUGCGCGGUGGUGGGAAAUGGUGGGAUUCUGAAGAAGAGUGGCUGUGGCCGUCAAAUAGAUGAAGCAAAUUUUGUCAUGCGAUGUAAUCUUCCUCCUUUGUCAAGUGAAUACACUAAAGAUGUUGGAUCCAAAAGUCAUUUAGUGACAGCUAAUCCCAGCAUAAUUCGGCAAAGGUUUCAGAAUCUGCUAUGGUCCAGGAAGACAUUUGUGGACAACAUGAAAAUCUAUAACCACAGUUACAUCUACAUGCCUGCCUUUUCUAUGAAGACAGGAACAGAGCCAUCCCUCCGGGUUUACUAUACACUGUCAGAUGUUGGUGCCAAUCAAACAGUGCUCUUUGCCAACCCCAACUUUCUGCGUAGCAUUGGAAAGUUCUGGAAAAAUAGGGGAAUCCAUGCCAAGCGCCUGUCCACAGGACUCUUUUUGGUGAGUGCGGCUCUGGGACUCUGUGAAGAGGUAGCCAUCUAUGGUUUCUGGCCCUUCUCUGUGAAUAUGCAUGAGCAGCCCAUCAGCCACCACUAUUAUGAUAACGUCUUGCCCUUUUCUGGCUUCCAUGCCAUGCCAGAGGAAUUUCUCCAGCUCUGGUAUCUUCAUAAAAUCGGUGCACUGAGAAUGCAGCUAGACCCAUGUGAAGACACUCCCCUCCAGCCCACUUCCUAGGGAACAUGGGAAAAGAAAGAACUGAGCCAGGGUAUUUUUGUUAGAUUUUCUACAUGACUCCAAAACGAAAUGGUCAAGUCAUUUCAUGGAUUCACAUGCACCACUUGGAAAAAACGAAACAAAACAACUACAAAACCCCAAGAGAAACUCUACUUUUGAUGUUGGUUUGAAAGACCACCCAGAAAUGAAACAUCCUAUGAAAUAUUUUGUAGCCUAUUGUGGAUUUGCAACUAGUAACACGCUGAUGGAGUAAUGUUGGUAAAGCAGAUUUACAUGGUUCUAAUCUAGAAGGUGUACUCUACAAGCAAGACAGAGCUCUAGCCAUUGAAGCUAAGCAAUUAAUCAAGGUAGAGUAAAGGAAAUGCCAGGGCAAAGUGUUACUGAUUAUCAACACAACCUGGCUUAAAAAAAACCUAUUGUAUAUCAUAGAACAUAGGUUUUUUAAAAAUUAUUAUUUAUUUUUGCCCUAUUUAGGGGCAAUGAGUGGGUGAUGAGGUAGAUUUAAAAAAAAAAAACAAUCCUUACUGAAUAAUAAAGAUACA